CGCCGUGAGGGCCCCAAGAUGGCGGCGGCGGCGCCGGGAGGCGGCGGCUCCUGCGGGGGAGGAGCGGGGAGCGGGGGGGGGCCCCGGGAGCGCCGGGAACGGCACCGGCAGCGCCGGGAACAACGGCGGCAUGGAGGUGGAUGGGGCAGGGGUGCCGCAGGUGAUGGCCGGAGGAGUGACCGGCAGCGUGUCCGUGGCCCUGCACCCCCUGGUCAUCCUCAACAUCUCGGACCACUGGAUCCGCCUGCGCUCCCAGGAGGGACGCAACGGGCAAGUGAUCGGGGCGCUGAUCGGGAGGCGGCAGGAGGGCCGCAACAUCGAGGUGAUGAACUCCUUCGAGCUGCUGGCCCACGGCUCGGGGGGGAGGUUCAUAUUCAUCGACAAGGAGUACUACUACACCAAGGAGGAGCAGUUCAAGCAGGUGUUCAAGGACCUGGAGUUUGGGUGGUACACGACGGGGGGGGGCCCCCCGAGCCCCGCCGACAUCCACGUGCACAAACAGGUGUGUGAGAUCAUCGAGAGCCCCCUGUUCCUGAAGCUCAACCCCAUGACCAAGCACACCGACCUCCCCGUGAGCGUCUUCGAGUCCGUCAUCGACAUCAUCAACGGCGAGGCCACGAUGCUGUUUGCGGAGCUGCCCUACACGCUGGCCACCGAGGAGGCCGAGAGGAUCGGCGUGGACCACGUGGCCAGGAUGACGGCCACGGGAGGGGGGCGAGAACAGCACAGGUCAUGGCUCGAGCACCUGAUAGCCCAGCACAGCGCCAUCAAGAUGCUGCACAGCCGCGUGCGCCUCAUCCUCGAGUACGUCCGCGCCGCCGAGGCCGGGGAGGUUCCCUUCAACCACGAGAUCCUGCGCGAGGCCUGCGCCCUGUGCCACUGCCUGCCCGUGCUCAGCACCGACAAGUUCAAAACCGACUUCUACGACCAAUGCAACGACGUGGGGCUGAUGGCGUACCUGGGCACCAUCACCAAGACCUGCAACACCAUGAACCAGUUCGUGAACAAGUUCAACGUGCUCUACGACCGCCAGGGCAUCGGCCGCCGCAUGCGCGGCCUCUUCUUCUAGGGGGGAUAACAACUGCCCCAAAUCCACCCAAAACUGCCCCAAAAACUGCUCCAAAACCAGCCCAAAACGGCCCCAAAAACUGCUCCAAAAACUGCUCCAAAAAUGGCCCAAAAACAGCUACAGAAAUGGCCCAAAAACUGCUCCAAAAACGGCUCCAAAACAGCCCAAAACUGCGACCUCCAGGGCAUCGGCCGCCGCAUGCGCGGCCUCUUCUUCAAGGGGGGAUAAAAACUGACCCAAAUCCACCCAAAAACUGCCCCAAAAACUGCUCCAAAACCAGCCCAAAACGGCCCCAAAAACUGCUCCAAAAACUGCUCCAAAAAUGGCCCAAAUCCACCCAAAACUGCCCCAAAAACUGCUCCAAAAAUGGCCCAAAAACAGCUACAGAAAUGGCCCAAAACCGGCUCCAAAAACGGCUCCAAAACAGCCCAAAACUGCGACCUCCAGGGCAUCGGCCCCGCAUGCGCGGCCUCUUCUUCUAGGGGCUGAAAAUGGCCCAAAAACGGCAGAAAUCCACCCAAAAACUGCUCCAAAAACGGCCCAAACUCCACCCAAAAACUGCUCCAAAAACUGCUCCAAAACUGCGACCGCCAGGGCAUCGGCCGCCGCAUGCGCGGCCUCUUCUUCUAGGGGGAUGAAAACAGCCCAAAUCUACCCAAAAACUGCUACAAAUCAACCCAAAAAAAGCCCUGGAAACACCCCAAAAACUGCUCCAGAAACGGCCCAAACCAGCCCAAAAAAGGCUCCAAAAACUGCUCAAAACCAGCCCAAAAAUGGUCCCAGAAACUGCUCUAAAACAGCCCAAAAACGGCUCCAAAAGCUGCUCCAGAAACUGCCCAAAACAGCCCAAAAACGGUCCCAAAAACUGCUCCAAAACCGGCCCAAAAACUGCCCAAAUUACCCCCAAAACCGCCCCGAUUCGACCCAGAAACUGCAGAAAACCACACCUCAAAUCAUGCCAAAAACUGCUUCAAAAAUGGCCCAAAUCACCCCAAAAACUACACAAAAAAUGCCUCAAAUCACCCCAAAAAACAGCCCCGAAAACUUCCCCAAAUUCACCCCAAAAAACAGCCCCAAAACUGCCCCAAAUUCACCCCAAAAAACAGCCCCAAAUCGCCCCAAAACGGCCCAAAUUUGCCCAAAACGGCCCCAAUUCACCCCAAAACCUCCCCAGUUUUUGGGGUCCCCCCCGGGCCCGGCGGCUCCUCGAGGGUUUGGGGCAAAAAAAUCUAAUUUAAAGGAGAAUUUUGGGGAUUUUGGAGCCUUUUUUGGGGUUUGGGAACCCCAAAAUUGGGGAAAAUUCCCAGGAUUUUGGGGAUCCCAAAUUUGGGGGAUUUUGGGUCAAUAAAGUUGAGUUUGAGGUGGAAAAA